AUGGCUACUCCUCUGGUGUCUACGCCAGUCAAGACCCAUCAUGGGAUCUUUUCGACCAAGAUGGCUGGCGGCCGCAUGCCCCUCACACCAUCCCCCGGUGGACGGAGGGACAGCAUCGCCUCCAACAACUCCUCUCCUUUCACACCCCCUCGCCUCGAAUCUGAAGCAACCAAAGGGCAAGCUCGCUCUGUCUACGGUGGCAAUCUCUCCUCAUACUUUGCGAAAUCGUCCGUUUCCCGCACGACCCGGGUGGCCUACCGAGAAUCGCCCAAGUCCAACAUUGCCCGUAUUCGCAAAUCCCCCAAGCACCUUGAGCUGGGCGUCUCUGAGUGGUCCUUGACCGGCACCGGUCCCUCUUCAAGUCAGACACCGUCAAAGGAGCGGCUACGUAAGGAUGUCCCCAGUCGCACACGGGCGGGUAAAACGACAGUCCGCAUCUCGCACAAUGCCGGUGACCGGUUCAUUCCCAACCGCAGUGCAAGUGAGGGUCUAGUGACCGCAGGCGCGGCUAAGCCCGAGGAGACUCAAAGGCCCAAGACCAGCAGCGUUGAUAAGGGCUCUAGCGUACUGGCCAGUGCGGCGAGCGCAUUCGAUAUUGGCGGUCGUGGAACGGAUGAAGACCUCACUGCGGCUCUAGAAAACCUUGGUCUGGACGACGAGGAAAGCUCUGCAUCUUACACAAAGCCAGCUCCAGACGCUGUUGCCUACGAGUCGUCAUUAGCCAAUGCAUGUGGCGUCAACCUCAACACUCGUAUCCUCGCCUUCAAACCACCACCUCCCGAGUCGUCGAAGCCAAUUGACCUUCGCGCUCAGUACAACCGUCCUCUCAAGUCCAGCAAAUCCAACGCGGCUCAAUUUCGCCGAAGAGUUCAGACUGCCCCAGAACGUGUCUUGGAUGCUCCUGGCCUUCUUGAUGACUACUACCUCAACCUCCUGGAUUGGAGCUCUGGAAACCAAGUUGCAAUUGGCCUAGAGCGAAAUGUAUACGUGUGGUCUGCUGAUUCCGGAGAUGUGAGCUGUUUGCUAGAGACCUCUCCUGACACCUACAUCAGCAGCGUUAAAUGGAGCGGUGAUGGCGCCUACGUUGGUGUUGGACUCGGUACAGGUGAAGUUCAAAUCUGGGAUGUCGAAGAGGGAACCAAGCUCCGCAGCAUGUUCGGACACGAAUCACGAGUAGGUGUUAUGGGCUGGUCUAAGCACACCCUAUCGACUGGUGCUCGCAGCGGUCUCGUUUUCAACCACGAUGUUCGCAUUGCCCAGCACAAGGUGGCCGAGCUUGUCUCCCACACCUCCGAGGUAUGCGGUCUCGAGUGGAGAUCUGAUGGUGCUCAGCUUGCCACAGGCGGCAACGACAACUUGGUUAACAUCUGGGAUGCCCGAUCAUUGAGUGCUCCCAAGUUCACCAAGACCAACCAUCGCGCCGCCGUGAAAGCUCUCAGCUGGUGCCCCUGGCAACUCAACCUCCUCGCCACUGGUGGUGGUUCCUAUGAUCGACACAUCCACUUCUGGAACACAACAACCGGUGCUCGGACCAACAGCAUCGACACCGGCUCUCAGGUUACCAGCCUACGGUGGAGCAACCACUACCGCGAGAUUGUUAGCUCCAGCGGUUUCCCUGAUAACUCGCUUAGCAUCUGGAGCUACCCAACUUUAGUCCGCAACGUUGAGAUUCCUGCUCACGAGACUCGUGUUCUGCACAGCUGCCUCAGCCCCGACGGCCAGCUUCUAGCCACCGCCGCGGCCGACGAAAGCUUGAAGUUCUGGAAGGUCUUUGAGCGCAAGCCUGGAACCAGCGCCUCGGCCUCCCGCGAGGGCGGCGUCGGAAGUAAAGCGCAGAUGACCAAGUCGAUGACUAUUCGGUAA